GCAAAAAACCAAAGCCUACAUUUAGAGAAUCAAAGUCGUGGAAAUAAAUUCUGGUUUGGUUUGUGCUAUAUAUGGGUGAGAAAGUGAUUGAAGAAGACAAAGAAGAAGCGAUGAAGAGCAGCAAGACCUCUCUUGUUUUCGCCAUUAACGGACAAAGAUUCGAGCUCGAGCUCUCUUCCGUUGAUCCUUCCACCACACUCGUUGAUUUCUUGCGCAACAAGACUCCUUUCAAGAGCGUUAAGCUUGGUUGUGGCGAAGGUGGUUGUGGCGCUUGUGUUGUUCUUCUUUCCAAGUAUGAUCCAUUGCUAGAAAAAGUCGAUGACUUCACAAUCAGCUCGUGUCUCACGCUCCUCUGCAGCAUUGAUGGCUGUUCCAUCACUACCUCAGACGGGCUCGGGAACAGCAGAGUAGGUUUUCAUGCGGUCCAUGAGCGGAUCGCCGGUUUUCAUGCCACACAAUGCGGUUUCUGUACACCUGGAAUGAGCGUUUCGAUGUUUUCCGCUCUCUUGAACGCUGAUAAGUCUCAUCCGCCUCGCAGCGGUUUCUCAAACCUCACGGCUGCAGAAGCUGAGAAGGCUGUGUCAGGGAAUCUUUGCCGGUGUACUGGAUACAGACCGCUUGUGGAUGCUUGUAAGAGUUUUGCAGCGGAUGUGGAUAUCGAAGAUCUCGGAUAUAAUUCCUUUUGCAAGAAGGGAGAAAACAGAGAUGUGGUGUUAGGAAGGUUGCCAUGUUAUGAUCAUACAACAUCUCAGGUCUGUACAUUUCCGGAAUUCUUGAAGAACGAAAUCAAGAACGGUAUGAGUCUUGAUUCAAGAAAGUACAGAUGGUCAAGCCCGGUUAGUGUCUCGGAUCUUCAAGAGUUAUUAGAAGCCGAAAAUGGAGUGUCGGUUAAGUUAGUUGCGGGUAACACAAGCACCGGGUAUUACAAAGAAGAAAAAGAGAGGAAGUACGAAAGAUUUGUCGAUAUCAGGCGGAUUCCAGAGCUCACUAUGGUGAGAAGUGAUGAGAAAGGAGUUGAAUUAGGAGCUUGUGUUACUAUAUCGAAAGCUAUUGAGGUUCUAAGAGAGGAAAAAAAUGUUUCCAUGUUGGCGAAAAUAGCGACUCAUAUGGAGAAAAUUGCAAACAGAUUCGUGAGGAACACGGGAACGAUAGGCGGAAACGUAAUGAUGGCUCAGAGAAAACAAUUUCCUUCAGAUCUCACAACCAUACUUGUUGCUGCUCGAGCAACGGUGAAGAUCAUGACUAACAGCUCGGGUCAAGAACAGUUCACAUUGGAAGAGUUUCUACAACAGUCUCCUCUUGAUGCAAAAUCUCUUCUUUUGAGCCUCGAGAUUCCUUCUUGGCGCCCCCCGAAGAAGAACGGUUCUUCUUCAGAUACUAUUUUGCUCUUUGAAACUUACAGAGCAGCGCCUCGUCCUCGAGGAAACGCAUUGGCAUUUCUGAAUGCAGCUUUCUCAGCUGAAGUUUCUUCAAGUGAAGCACUUGAUGGCAUUGUUGUAAAUGAUUCCCAAUUAGUUUUUGGGGCUUAUGGGACCAAACACGCUCACAGGGCAAAGAAAGUGGAAGAUUUUCUUACAGGAAAAGUGAUAUCUGAUGAAGUUUUGAUGGAAGCUAUUGGCUUACUUAAAGAUGAGAUAGUACCUGAUAAGGGUACUUCGAAUCCCGAAUAUAGAUCAAGCUUGGCUGUUACUUUUCUCUUCGAGUUCUUCGGAUCUUUAACUCAAACAAACGCUAAAACUACAAACGGUUGGCUCAAUGGAGGAUGCAAAGAGAUAGGUUUUGAUCAGAAUGUUGAAUCUUUGAAACCUGAAGAAGCUAUGUUGUCAUCUGCACAACAGAUAGUUGAAAAUCAAGAGCAUAGUCCGGUCGGGAAAGGCAUUACAAAGGCUGGAGCUUGUCUCCAAGCAUCUGGUGAGGCUGUUUAUGUAGACGACAUUCCUGCUCCGGAAAAUUGUGUAUACGGCGCAUUUAUUUACAGUACAAUGCCGCUGGCGCGGAUUAAGGGUAUAAGGUUCAGGCAAAACAGAGUUCCAGAAGGAGUUCUUGGCAUAAUUACUUACAGAGAUAUUCCCAAAGACGGGAAAAAUAUCGGUACCAACGGUUUCUUUACCUCGGAUCUUUUGUUCGCAGAGGAAAUCACUCAUUGUGCGGGUCAGAUAAUCGCCUUUUUGGUUGCAGAUAGUCAAAAGCAUGCAGAUAUUGCAGCAAAUCUUGUUAUGAUAGAUUACGACACCAAAGAUUUAGAACCACCUAUACUGUCCUUAGAAGAAGCUGUAAAAAAAUUUAGCCUUUUCGAGGUCCCUCCACCUCUGCGUGGUUUCCCGGUCGGUGAUAUCACCAAGGGAAUGGAUGAAGCUGAACAUAAGAUUCUUGGAUCAAAGAUAAGUUUCGGGUCACAAUACUUCUUCUAUAUGGAGACACAAACAGCUCUUGCAGUGCCGGAUGAAGACAACUGUAUGGUGGUUUAUAGCUCGACUCAAACCCCUGAGUUUGUACAUCAAACCAUCGCUGGAUGUCUUGGAGUUCCUGAGCACAAUGUGCGUGUCAUCACUAGAAGAGUUGGAGGCGGCUUCGGUGGGAAAGCUGUGAAGUCAAUGCCUGUGGCUGCAGCUUGUGCACUUGCAGCAUCCAAAAUGCAGCGUCCGGUGAGGACAUAUGUGAACCGAAAAACGGAUAUGAUAACUACCGGAGGAAGACAUCCGAUGAAAGUCACAUAUAGUGUUGGAUUCAAAUCCAAUGGAAAGAUUACUGCUUUAGAUGUAGAGGUGUUACUUGAUGCAGGGUUAACCGAAGAUAUAAGCCCGCUUAUGCCAAAGGGAAUCCAAGGAGCUCUGAUGAAGUAUGAUUGGGGUGCUCUAUCUUUCAAUGUGAAAGUGUGCAAAACAAACACUGUGAGCAGAACCGCGCUGAGAGCUCCCGGGGAUGUACAAGGAUCAUACAUAGGAGAAGCCAUCAUUGAAAAAGUAGCUUCAUAUCUUUCAGUUGAUGUGGAUGAGAUCAGGAAGGUUAAUCUCCAUACCUAUGAGAGCUUAAGGUUGUUUUACAGUGGCAAAGCUGGUGAAUUCCCUGAGUACACUUUACCAUUGCUUUGGGACAAAAUCGAUGAGUUCUCGGGAUUUAACCAGCGGAGGAAGGUCGUUGAGGAGUUUAAUGCAUUAAACAAGUGGAGGAAGAGAGGGAUUUCACGUGUGCCUGCGGUUUACGCAGUGAAUAUGCGAUCAACACCGGGAAGAGUAAGCGUUUUGGGAGAUGGAUCAAUAGUGGUUGAGGUUCAAGGGAUUGAGAUAGGACAAGGGCUUUGGACAAAGGUGAAACAGAUGGCUGCAUAUUCCCUUGGUUUGAUCCAAUGCGGUACUACAAGUGAUGAGCUGCUCAAGAAAAUCAGGGUCAUUCAAUCCGACACCCUAAGUAUGGUGCAAGGCUCAAUGACUGCUGGUAGCACAACCUCUGAGGCGAGCAGCGAAGCGGUUAGGAUUUGCUGUGAUGAUUUAGUCGAAAGGCUUUUACCCAUCAAGACCGCUUUGGUGGAGCAAACAGGUGGACCUGUGACUUGGGAUAACCUCAUCAGUCAGGCUUAUCGGCAAUCAAUAAACAUGUCGGUUAGUAGCAAAUACAUGCCGGACUCCACUGGCCAAUACCUUAAUUAUGGAAUUGCUGCUAGCGAGGUUGAAAUAAACGUUUUGACGGGAGAAACAACGAUUCUGCGCACGGAUAUUAUCUAUGAUUGCGGGAAGAGUCUCAAUCCCGCUGUUGAUUUAGGACAGAUUGAAGGAGCAUUUGUUCAAGGACUUGGGUUCUUUAUGCUUGAAGAAUUUCUUAUGAACUCAGACGGUCUCGUGGUAACAGACAGCACAUGGACAUACAAGAUCCCAACGGUUGACACAAUCCCAAGACAGUUCAAUGUUGAGAUUCUCAACAGUGGACAACACAAGAAUCGUGUUCUUUCAUCCAAAGCUUCGGGUGAACCGCCAUUGCUUUUAGCGGCUUCUGUUCACUGCGCAGUACGAGCAGCUGUUAAAGAAGCCAGGAAACAGAUUCUGACAUGGAAUAGUAACCAACAAGGGACUGAUCUGUACUUCGAAUUGCCUGUUCCAGCAACAAUGCCUGUUGUGAAGGAGUUUUGUGGACUCGAUGUUGUUGAGAAAUACUUGGAAUGGAAAAUUAAGCAACGGAAGAACGUUUGAUAGCUUGUGUUUGUGUUUUUGAUGUGAAUGUAAAAUUGCUCUGGUUUUGUUUUGGUUUUGUUUUGGUUUUAAGUGUUUGCUAGAAUGUUUGGGAUUGUGAUAAACCGGUUGUGGUAAUAAGCUGCAUGUAAGAAAGCCUCUUCAAUAAUGUUUGUUAUUAUAAAAAUCUGUUAUCAGU